AUGGCGGGCGGCGCCCGGGAGGUGCUCACGUUGCAGUUGGGACAUUUUGCGGGUUUCGUGGGAGCGCACUGGUGGAACCAGCAGGAUGCUGCGCUUCAUGAACGGACCGAUUCCCAGGAGCAGCCGGGGGAGCUGUGCCCCGACGUCCUGUACCGCACCGGCCGCACGCUGCACGGCCAGGAAACGUACACGCCCAGGCUCAUCCUCAUGGAUCUCAAGGGUAGUCUGAGCUCCCUAAAACAAGAAAGUGGACUCUACAGGGACAAACAGCUAGACGCUGCAAUAGCAUGGGAGUGCUGA